AUGCCGCUCAACGAGGAUAGUCUCGCGGAUUUGGAGCUACUGGAGCACUGGCAUCGAUAUCCCAUAACAGGGGACCUGUCGGAGACCACGAAGCAACUGCAGUACAGCCUCGUCCGUCUAGGCUUCUCUCACCAUUAUUUGCUGAACAGUGUUCUGGGUCUUACAGCCCUUCAGCUCUACAGUGAAGAUAAGUCCCAGGCUAAGUGGUACGCUAGAGCCGUUGCACACCAGCAGGCCGCAAUUGUCCGAGCCAGGCCGCACUUCGAGUCCCAGGAUCAGACGCACCAACAAGCCCUGCUGGGAUUUUCAGCUUUCACUUCAAUGUAUGCGGUAGCGGAACCUAUGUUUCGCCCCCCCGGAGUCCGGUCUUUGGCACAAUUCGACCCUGUCGAGGAGCUAUUAAAGGCACUUCAAUUUAGCCGUUCUACCUUGAUGUUUGUACAGCAGAACUUCGCCCCUAUAGUCGUCUCACAAUCGUGGCUUCUUACAAAAUUUGUGGCCAAUCACCAAAAUACUCAAAGGGAUCUCGAAGUAAGGUAUCCACAGCUUGCAUCUCUCUGGGAAUGCAUAGACCGUUGGUGUGUGGGGGAACAGAAGACAUCAUGCCUUCACGCCGUUCAAGUACUGUUCCGCCGCAUUGCAAUGCUCUCGGACAACGUCGGAGACCCUGAACCGGGCAAGGUGAUUUGGGGCUGGGGACUCGAGAUAGAUCGUGUCUUUCUAGAUUUAUGUUCAGCGCGACAUCCCGUGGCACUCACCAUUUUGGCUCAUUUUACUGUUCUAAUGAGCUUCUAUAAGGAGCACUGGUGCCUUAGAGAUUGGCCAAGCGGGCUGUUAGGAUAUAUCAUGGAGGUUCUUGGGGAGGAAUGGGAAGAAGCUAUGAGGUGGCCAGCUAAUGUUAUCUUUGGAUUAGAAACUCACAGCGAUGUAGGGUAUCAAGGUGUAUAA